CCGGAUUUGGUCAAUGUAUUUGUUUUCAGCCCGCUAGCCCUCCUCCUCAGCACCUGGCUCCUUACAACACCAGACGACUUUAGGGAGGCACCAGGUUACCCCAGCUUGAAAAGACUGCUCCACUACCUGCAAGGAGACAUGCCUGGCUCCCAAGUGCUGGAAGAGGCAGAACACCUCCUGGCCAAGUUUCUCAGCGAAGAGCUAGAAAAUGAGAGCCAGAGCGGGGACCAGCUCGAGGACCAGCCCGGGGACCAGCCUGAGCUCCAACAUGAGGAGCAGCCUGGGGACCUGCCCAAGGACCAGCCUGGCAACCAGCAUGAGGACCAGCCCGGGGACCAGCCCGUGGAGCAGCCUGAGCUUCAGCAUGAGGAGCAGCCCGGGGACCACCCUGAAGACCAGCCUGGGGACCUGCCCAAGGACCAGCCUGGCAACCAGCAUGAGGACCAGCCCGGGGACCAGCCAAGGGUCCAGCCCGGGAAACAGCCCGAAGGCAAGCCUGUGAAGCUACCCAGGGACCAGCCUGGGGAUCAGCCUGUGGUCCAGCCCGAGGACGAGGCUGAAGAUCUGCCCAAGGACCAGCUUGGGGACCUUUCUGAGGACCAUGACGAGGACGAGCCUGGGGACCUGCCUCAGGACCAGCCUGGGGACGUGCCCAAAGACAAGCCUGGGGACCUGCACAAGGACCAGCCUGGGGACCUUUCUCAAGGAAAGCACACAGGAGACGCCCGUAUAGUUCGGACCACAAUGCCGAACAGCAAAGGAUCUGUAUAUAAAAGCAUCCUGCCGGAUAAUAUCCACCACUUGUCCUCAACCAUUGAGUAA